UCUGGACACUCGUAAUGUUGCAGGGUCUUGGACGGUUUGUUGCCGGAAGAGAUUCCGCGGUUGGUGUGGUUGUUCAGGAUAUUAAAACCUGAAACAGGAGUGAAGCGAGAUUGCCCAAAAAGACAGCAAGGAACCUUUACCACUUUUGACCGGCCGCGGGUGGGCCCCACCACCUACCUCCGUCCGUCGCGCGAAUUCUACUCACGCCGAGCUGCCUCUGCUGUCACUGAGCUGAGCCCCCCUGAGCUCCUUCCUUCCUUCCUUCCUUCCCACCCCGAUCGAUCACUGGCCAUGGCCUCCUCCUCCUCCUCCUCCGCCUUGCUCCGCCGCCGCACCUACCCCAACUUCUGCGCCUUCGCGCCGCUCCGCCCGACCAGGCAACCCGCGGCUUCCACUUCCAGAGCCCCCGUCGCUCCUCCGCCCGACCACCACCAGGACGCCGCCGCCGCCGCUGGCCACGAUCCUUCGCCGGAGGAGGAGGAGCGUGCGGAUGUGGCGGCGGGGGCGCUGCGGGUGGGGAUCGUCGGGUUCGGCAACUUCGGGCAGUUCAUCGCGCGGGGGAUCCAGCGGCGGGGCCACGCCGUGCUGGCCACCUCCAGAUCCGACUACUUCGGCUACUGCGCCCGCCGCGGGAUCCGCUUCUUCGCCACCGCCGACGCUCUCUGCGACGCCGGCCCCGACGUGCUGCUCCUCUGCAGCUCCAUUCUCUCCACGGAGGCCGUCGUCCGUGCCGUUCCCUUCCACAAGCUCCGCCCCGACGCCAUCGUCGCCGACGUGCUCUCCGUCAAGCAGUUCCCCCGCAACCUCCUCCUCGAGAUCCUCCCUCCGGGGUUUGGGAUUGUGUGCACACAUCCCAUGUUCGGGCCAGAGAGUGGCAAACAUGGCUGGAGUGGGCUCCCCUUCGUCUAUGACAAGGUCCGUGUUGCUCAGGAAGGGAAUCAGGCUACAAAGUGCGAGCAGUUCUUGAGCAUCUUUGAGGAGGAGGGAUGUAGGAUGGUGGAGAUGUCAUGUGCAGAGCAUGAUCGGUAUGCUGCAGGGAGUCAGUUCAUCACACAUACCAUUGGGAGGAUUCUGGCACAGUUAAACCUUAAGUCCACACCAAUUAACACCAAGGGUUAUGAGACCCUUCUGAAACUUACCGAGAAUACGGUAAGUGAUAGUUUCGACCUGUACUAUGGGCUCUUCAUGUACAAUAUUAAUGCCACAGAACAGAUGGAAAACCUGGAAAAGGCAUUUCAGAAGGUGAAGGAGAUGUUGUAUGGUAGGCUCCAUAAUGUACUAAGGAAACAGAUAGUAGAAAGGGUCCCUAUCCCAUAACCCCCUCCGUAAUAUCAAAUGAAGGGCAACUCAAUCCAGUGCUUCAGGCACCCCUCUCUUCUCUCCUGUAUAACAAUACAGAAGAAGUUGCACAUACCCGUCUCUGCUAUACCCUCACUUGACAAAAAGAGAAUUGUGCUAUCGCUCGAAAAAAGAGGGAAUUAUGUUAUACCCUCACUUGACAAAAGAGAGUAUUAGGUAAGUGCCAUGGCAAAUGAGUGUCAGAAAAUACCAUAGCAUGUGAGAAUGACAUGUAAAAGAGGUCAUAGGUAGAAUUGACACAUCACACAUGGAGUGGUAUUUAAGAAUUUUGUGAUAUUUGCUAUGGUGCCCAAAAAACAUGCUAAUUCUAGAUGUUUUUCUCGCUGUUGUAAACUUGUAAUAAGAGCUGCAAGCAUACGGUGUUUCUUAGCUGAUAGCUGAAUAUGUAAGGAAUAAGAUGCAAUCAUGUCC